GACGGGAGGGCAGCGUGGGCGCCAUCUUCCUGGGGGCCAACGAGGGGCUCGGCCAGCUGGGCGUGUGGCGGGCGCUCAGGCUUGUCCCGGGGCGCCGUGCGGGGAGGGUGCGAGCGGAAGGCCGGGCAGGCGGGGCCGGGGCAAGGGCGGCCUGUGCGGUUAGAGCCCCGCGCGCUCGCUGACCCCGACGCCCUCCGUCCGCCUCCCCGAGCGGGGUCCCGACGGCGAAGAUCUCGGAGCCUCGCCUAGUUAAGUUGCUUUUACAGAAUUAACAGGUCUCCAAGAAAUAAAAGGAAAAGGUCAUUGUUGCUGUGGUUUGAGCCCAGCAUGGCUGUAGUCAUCCGUUUACUGGGGCUCCCCUUUAUUGCGGGGCCUGUGGAUAUCCGUCACUUCUUCAAGGGAUUGGCUAUUCCUGAUGGAGGAGUGCAUAUAAUUGGAGGGAAAGUUGGGGAGGCUUUUAUUAUUUUUGCAACAGAUGAAGAUGCGAGACGUGCCAUAAGCCGUUCAGGAGGGUUUAUCAAGGAUUCACCUGUAGAGCUUUUUCUCAGUAGCAAGGCAGAGAUGCAGAAGACCAUAGAAAUGAAAAGAAGUGUUCAUGGAGGAAGAGGGCGACUGGGGUCAGGGGCAUCAGGGGUUAGCAACCUGUGUCAUUUUAUUGAUGCUAUGAAGAAAGAGGAGAGUCAUUCUGGAUAUGGCUCUUCAGUUAACCAAGAUGCUGAGUUUCACUCUAAUGGUGCAGGACAUGAUGUAAGGCCAAGAAAGACCAGGCCAUCGAAGGCUGAGAACCCUUACUUGUUUCUACGAGGUUUGCCUUACUUAGUAAAUGAAGAUGAUGUCCGUGUCUUUUUCUCUGGUUUGUGUGUGGAUGGAGUAAUUUUCUUAAAACAUCACGAUGGCCGAAAUAAUGGUGAUGCUGUAGUGAAGUUUGCUUCAUGUAUUGAUGCCUCAGGAGGUCUUAAAUGCCAUAGGAGUUUCAUGGGUUCAAGAUUUAUAGAAGUAAUGCAGAGUUCGGAACAACAGUGGAUUGAAUUUGGUGGCAGUGUGACUAAGGGUGGUGACAUUCCUUGUCUGCGAUCUGAAGAACAUUCUCCUUCAAGAGGGAUGAACGACAGACAUUUCCGAAAGCGAUCUCAUUCAAAAUCUCCUAGAAGAACACGUUCUCGCUCUCCUCUUGGAUUUUAUCUUCACUUAAAAAAUCUGUCCUUAAGUAUUGACAAGAGAGAUCUAAGGAAUUUCUUUAAAGACACUGACCUGACUAAUGAACAGAUUAAAUUUUUAUAUAAAGAUGAACGAAGAACACGGUUUGCCUUUGUGAUGUUUAAGAACCUGAAAGACUAUAAUACUGCCCUGAGUCUGCAUAAGACUGUGUUACAAUAUCGUCCAGUUUUUAUUGACCCAAUUUCUAGAAAGCAAAUGAUGAAAUUCAUUGAAUGCUAUGAAAAGAAGAAACCAGGGUCACAGAACGACUUUGAAGACGGCUACUCUGGUCAGAAACUGUACAUAUAUAUAAGAAAUUUUCCAUUUGAUGUCACGAAGGGAGAGGUGCAGAAGUUCUUUGCAGACUUCCCCCUUGUUGAGGAUGAUAUUUAUUUGCUUUAUGAUGACAAGGGAGCUGGUUUGGGGGAAGCACUGGUGAGAUUUAAGUCAGAAGAACAGGCCAUGAAAGCUGAACGUUUAAACCGAAGACGAUUCUUAGGGACAGCGGUGCUGUUAAGACUUAUAUCUGAGGUACAGAUGCAGGAGUUUGGUGUCAAUUUUUCCUUUAUGUGUGGUGAGAAAACACAAGCCCGUUCCCAGUCACACAACAGAGAUGACCGUUCCCAUCUGUUUGCCUUAAACGACUCACCAGUAUGCUCACUUGGCUGGUCCGAAAGGGUUGACUAUCAGCUGGAAGACAUAAGGCAUCCCCACAGGUAUUUCCAGCAAUCUAACAGGCACCCUCCAGAAGACUUCCGGCACUCUCCUGAGGACUUCCGGCACUCCCCGGAAGACUAUAGACACUCCCGGGAGGAACACAUGAGGCGCUCUAGGGAGGAAGACUGGAGACAGCCUCUGGAGGACUGGAGAUGGUCACCGGAAGAUGAUUUCAGGCACUCUUAUGAAAAAGACUUUAGGCAGCUGCCAGAGGAGGACUUGAGACGGCCACCCCAGGAGCACUUUAGGAGGCCAUCCCAGGAGCACUUCCGACGGCCACACCAAGAACGUUUCAGGCUUUCCCGAGAGGAGUAUUUCAGGCAUAUGGCAGAUGAAGGCUUUAGGCACCCCUCUGAUGAGGACUUCAGGACUCCCCAAGAAGAAGAUUUGAGAUGUCCCACUGAUGAGGACUUCAGGCAGCUCUCUGGGGAAGACCUCAGGGACGUAUCAGAGGAGGACCCUAGAUUUCCUGAUAGUUUUAGACCUCCUGGUGAGGAUUUUGGGACCUCACCUGAUUUCAGGGGUCAUCGUCCUUUUAUGAACUUUGAUCACCUAGACGGUGGCAAAUUUGAUUUUGGAAAGCAUAAUAUGGGAUGUUUUCCUGAGGGAAGAUUUAUGCCUGAUCUAAAAUUAAAUUGUGGUUCAGGUAGAAUAACUCCUGUUAAGAUCACGAAUCUUCCAUUUAAAGCUAAUGCUAAUGAAAUUUUAGACUUUUUCCAUGGUUAUAAAGUCAUACCUGAUUCAGUUUCAAUACAGUAUAAUGAGCAAGGGUUACCUCUAGGAGAAGCCAUUGUUGCUCUGAUAAACUAUAAUGAAGCUGUAGCUGCUGUUAAAGAACUGAAUGGCAGACCAGUCGGUCCCCGCAAAGCUCAGCUCAUUUUGCUGUAGAGAGCCUCUCAUCUCAGUUCAUAGUUUUCUUCCACAGUAUUGAUACAGUAAAAAUACAGCCUUUUAAAAAGUUUAUUUUUAAUUAUAUAUAAUUAACUAUUUUAGUUUUAACCUCUGACUGGAGAAAAUGUGUUAUGUAAAUCUGGUUUUCCUUUGCUUACAAAUGGACAUUCUUCUCCAUAAUUUAAAAUUACAUAUGCUCUCUUUUUCUUUGCUAGGGCAGAGAAAACAAAUUUCCUGAAUUCAUUAGUUUCAUUGAUGUUAUGGAUAAACCCCAGUCUUGUGAAAUGUGGGGUUAUGUUUGGGGAAGGUAAAUUUAUCUUUAAUUUUGUUUUCACCAUUUUUUACUCAGACUAAGGAAAUGACGAAUGACUGGUUGUUCAGGUCAGGCACUUUUAUUGCUGCCAGCUGCAGAACUCCCUUUGUGUGAGAUAGUGUGUUAAGGUCUCCUCUUAACUCUAAAUAGUUCAGAAAAUGAACAUACUGUGAACUUGAAAUUUACUUAUAUGAAAGGCUUAGGAAAUUCUCAAAAUUUGUGUUCAUAACUUUGAAAAGUUUUAUAAAAAUAAAAUUGCAACUGAAAUACUUAUUGUAUUUGUAUAACAAAAGCAAAGAAAGAAUUGCGUCUGGGUAUUAUAAAAAUUUUUCAACAGUUGUCUUAAAAUUAUAUGGUAAGCAGGACCAAACAAUCUAUAAUACACACAGGUCUAUAGUUUCUCCAAUAUUAUUUUAUCUUAAGCACUGGAGGCUUAGGGCUUAUCCUAACUAAAUUACUAAGAUUAACACAAAAUGUUCAGAAGACAGUAAAAUAAUUUGUUUAGGGCUAGAGGGGAACUCUCAGGCUGGGAAGAUAGGACAAACGAAUCUAGUUUUUCCAGGGAAUCUACUGGUGACUCAUUAGGUUUCCUUUUUAGAUUCAAAAUUUUGUAUUUAUUCAGACUCACAAAAUAUAAUAUUUCUGGGUGUGAAUUUUGACUUUGAUACUCAAUGUUUAUAUUUUACUUAUACUCAACUAGAUUUUCCUUACCUUAAAUAGAAGUAGCUGACAAUGGACACAUAAUUUAUUAGGCAGUAAGUGCUUUAUAUGUAUGAUUUCUAUGAUCUUUGUAAUGUUAUCUUCACAAAUGAGAAAUAGUUUAGAGAGGUUACGCCACUGCCUGAAGUUAACACUAAGUGAAGGAACCGAUUUUAACCCCAUAAGAGGGUUUCUGGUCAUCCGUGUCCGUAAACAUCUUACUGUGUCACU